AUGACUGAGAGGUGCAAGGGAGGCGGUUUGGAGUCGCCUCCAACAAAUAAGCUCCACACAUCCACUUCGGGAGAACGGAAGUUUUCCCAAAAGCUCAUGGGACUGGAGGCUUGCAACCUGCCCAUGGGAAAGCCUGGUACGGUAGCGCCAGGAAGGACGGGGUUGCAGGAGUCAUAUAGGCUACCGAAACGGAAAAGGACUAGGAUGACGAUCUGUACUUACAACGCACGUACGCUUGCGUCGGAAGCGGCCAUCGAAGAUCUGAUGAUGCAAGACAAGAAGAUCAAGUACGACGUCAUCGGACUGACCGAGACGAGAUGA